AUGCUGCUGGAAACGGAGCUGGCGGGCGACCGAGAUCGGCCCGGGGCCCCCGCAGCCGCCGCUGUCUGCACCUUACGCGGGACUCGGGAGAUCCCGCUGUGUGCCGGCUGCGACCAGCACAUCCUGGACCGCUUCAUCCUCAAGGCUCUGGACCGCCACUGGCACAGCAAGUGCCUCAAGUGCAGCGACUGCCACACGCCGCUGGCCGAGCGCUGCUUCAGCCGCGGAGAGAGCCUCUACUGCAAGGACGACUUCUUCAAGCGCUUCGGGACCAAGUGCGCCGCGUGCCAGCUGGGCAUCCCGCCCACGCAGGUGGUGCGCCGCGCCCAGGACUUCGUGUACCACCUGCACUGCUUCGCCUGCGUCGUGUGCAAGCGGCAGCUGGCCACGGGCGACGAGUUCUACCUCAUGGAGGACAGCCGGCUCGUGUGCAAGGCCGACUACGAGACCGCCAAGCAGCGAGAGGCCGAGGCCACGGCCAAGCGGCCGCGCACGACCAUCACGGCCAAGCAGCUGGAGACGCUGAAGAGCGCCUACAACACGUCGCCCAAGCCCGCGCGCCACGUGCGCGAGCAGCUCUCCUCCGAGACCGGCCUGGACAUGCGCGUCGUGCAGGUGUGGUUCCAGAACCGCCGGGCCAAGGAAAAGCGGCUCAAGAAGGACGCCGGCCGGCAGCGCUGGGGCCAGUACUUUCGUAACAUGAAGCGCGCCCGCGGCGGCUCCAAGUCGGACAAGGACAGCGUCCAGGAGGAGGGGCAGGACAGUGAUGCGGAGGUCUCCUUCACAGACGAGCCGCCCGGGGCCGAGAUGGGCCCCGCCAACGGCCUCUUCGGCGGCCUGGGGGAGUCUGCCCCUGCCUUGGGCCGGCCCUCGGGGGCCCCGGGCAGCUUCCCGAUGGAGCACGGAGGCCUGGCGGGCCCGCAGCAGUACGGAGAGCUGCGCCCCAGCAGCCCCUACGGUGUCCCCUCGUCGCCCGCCGCCCUGCAGAGCCUCCCUGGCCCCCAGCCCCUCCUCUCCAGCUUGGUGUACCCGGAGGCUGGCUUGGGGCUUGUGCCCGCGGGAGCCCCAGGUGGGCCCCCACCCAUGAGGGUGCUGGCAGGGAACGGACCCAGCUCCGACCUAUCCACGGGGAGCAGUGGGGGCUACCCCGACUUCCCCGCCAGCCCCGCCUCCUGGCUGGACGAGGUGGACCACGCUCAGUUCUGACUGAGGCCCCAGCUCCGCGGAGCACCAGGCGCGAGCACUGCCCCUGGCUGCGUGGUCGGGAGCCACGCUCUCCUUUCCCGAGGCCCUGGACCUCUAAAGGACACAGGGCCACCGGUGGGGCACAGGCUGAGGACUGUCCAGCCCGGCGGCCCUGGCCCCGGGCAGAGGGACUUUCUCCCGGUCUCGAGGUCGCUCCGGUCUUGAGGCUCCUUCUGGGACGAGGGGCGGAGCCCACCUGGGGGCUGCUCAGCAAGCCUUGUUUUGUAAGCAGAUUCCUCCCUUUAUCAACCAAAAUUAACGGAGUGCUUGCUGCUCUUUCUAGACCGGAGUGGUCGAGUGGUCAGCCGCCGAGGCCGGGGAGGGGGGCUCUCCCCAGCCCAGAGCAGCACAGCCCUCAGACUGGAAGAUGCUUUAAUUUUUAAAAUUAAAAAAGAAUACAAACUGUGCUUCCAUUUCCCAGCUUCCUCUGUCUGAGUUCUGCCGCCCCCCGGCCCUCCCACUUUAGUUCGGAGCGAGGCCUUGUCUGUCCAGGCAGCCGGGGGGCGGGGGGCGGGGGGCGGCAGUGGGGAGGCCACGCCUGCGUCCUUCCUGGUCCCUCUGGGGACCUUGCCGCCACCAACCUCUGCCUUCCCCGGGAUCCUCCUCACUCCUCUCCCCUGGGACACCUGGCUCCAGAUCUUUCUGUCCUUCUGGACUCCAUGCCCCCGGGGGAGAGACAGGCUCUAAGCCCACGAGGAGCCCUUGCAGCCCAGACUCGGUUUUCGACGCUGCCUGUGCCCAGUCUCAGCCGCCCUCGGGUCCUCAGCGUCCAGGCUAAGCCCAGCCCUCCGAUGUCCGAUUCCGUUGCCAAACAGCUCCAGCUCCCCCCUCCAGCGAGCGGGCUCCAGCUGCCGGAGGAUGGGACGCCCCGCUGGAGAAGGCUGGGGGGCCCUCCCCCUGCCAGAUGCUCCAGACACAAAGGCUGGCCGCGUGUGAACUCAAAGGUAUUCCUCCAGCCUGCGUCCCAAGCUACCUGUUGGUUCUGUGAAGGUCCCCUGGCUUUUAUUUAUUCUCUGACCAUCAGUUCUUCAAUAAAUUUGUCAGUUUCA